CCCAGACUCAGAAAAAAAAUUAAUGCUAGGCUGAAAAAAAUGUUUCUAGUCCAUCUCUACCAGUAUAAAAGAUCAAUUGUAAACUAUUUUAAAUAGACAAUAGAGGCAAUAACCUUUGCUUAUAGACUUCAGAAUAUGAUACCGAGACGUUUCUUUUCUCAGACUGUAAUAGGUUUGAAUAAAAGAGUUGAGUCUAACAAGUUUGUACCUAAGACUAAUCCAUUUUUUGAUGGAUCUAUGGAAAAGAAGAAAGUAUGGGAAAAGAAGGGAAUGACCAAGGAUGAGUUCUUUGGAAAGAAAUAUGGGCAUGUUAAACCAGAAGAUAGGAAAAGGUUGGAUGAAAAAGUUAAUAGACAAAGAAGAUACAGAGAAAUGAAAAGUAAUCAUUUGAAACAACGAGAUUUUGAUGAAUUUGGUCGUGGACCUUCGAUCACUAUGAGAGAAAAGCAAGAUUAUUUGUAUAAAAAUGAUAUAUCAAAAGGUGAAGAACUGUCAGUGAUAGAUUAUGUAUACGGAACUCAUGCUGUAAAGGCAGUUUUAACAGCUAAUAGGCGUGUAUCUUAUAAUAAGCUUUAUGUCAGACAUUGUAAAGAUGCUUCCCUUAUUAAGAUGGCAGAACGAUUAGGAAUUAAAGUGGAAAAUGUAGCAGGUAGAGAUGAUUUAAAUAAAUUAACUAAAAAUGGUGUUCAUAAUGGUGUAGUUCUUUGGACAAAGCCUUUAGAAAUUCCAACUAUUUACAGCUUGGAGAAAUUAUCUGAAGAAGAGGGACAAUACACAGUAACAUUUUUUGAUGAAGAAAAAAAUACAAGAUCUUCAAUUAUUAAAAAUGUCAAGAGUAAUGGUAAAAGAAAGCCACUUGGAUUAUAUUUAGAUGGUGUCACUGAUCCUCAAAAUAUGGGAAGUAUCAUUAGAAGUGCAUUUUAUUUUGGUGUAGACUUUAUUAUAACUAGUUCAGAAGUAUCUGCCAAAUUAGGUGCUGUUACUAAUAAAGCUUCGGCAGGUGCAUUAGAUUUACUGGAAAUUUACAAAGUUCAAAAUAGUUUACGUUUUCUCGAUAGAGUCCGUGCUAAUGGAUGGACAGUUAUAAGUACUUCCAAUAAACCUACAUCUACAGAUCUAGAAAAUUUGAAAACAAAGCAUUCUAAAGUUGAAGAAAAUUUAUCAAAGAAAUAUAUCGAACUUUCUGAUUUAGGUAACAUAUGCCAUCAAACUCCUGUAUUACUUGUUUUAGGUAGUGAAGGAGAAGGUAUUAGAACCCAUGUUAAGAUAAAAUCAGACUUUUUGGUGGCUAUUGAUAAGAUGCGUAAUGAUGAAGAUACUAUUGUUGAUUCUUUAAAUGUUGGUGUUGCGUCUGGUAUAUUACUCAGUAGAUGUUUAGGAUAGUCAUUUUAUAUAGUAUUUAAAUAUGUAAAUAGUUUGCAGCCGUAAUUAUACAUUGUACAUAAUAAAUUCUAGUAUUACCAGUGCUACCAUGUGAUGUGAUUAUCUUAAUUAUAAAUCUGUGGAUUAUUAGAGUGGAUUGCCGUUUCUCCCGUUUCUCCCGUUUCUCUCUCUCUGAUUUACUACCCUUUCGAAUUCAGUUAGUUAUUGCAAAGGCUAUCUAAACAAAAAUAAACCUUAAUCAAAGUCACACGACCUUUGCCGCAUUCGGUAAUUUAGUUACAUAUUUGACAUUUCCCAAUCGAGCCUAAACUAUAAUC